UAGGCGCCAAAUAUUUUAACCAGCACUUGUUAAGUGGCAGUACUACUUCUGUCUUGCCUAUUUUUAACUUAAUUAGCGAACUUAGUAACAAUACGUUUGUCGGCAAAUUGUUUUUUUCUCAGAAGAAUGAUUGGACAGAAAGCUAUUAAGUCAUUUUUCUCUCCAGUCUCCAUGAAGAGGGUUUCUAAGGAGUUAAAUGAAGCUGAAGAGGACCAUAAAGAGCCGAAGAAGCAGAAGUCCGCCGCGGAGGAGCGGGAGCCGCUCAGCCCGCCUGCGGCUGCUCUGUCCCCGGAGCAGCUGCAGCGGAUCUCCCGCAACAAGCAGGCGGCGCUGCAGAGACUCUGCUCCGCCCAGAGCCCGGCGGGGCUCGGGGAGAGCUGGAGGAAGGAGCUGGCCACCGAGUUUGGAAAGUCCUAUUUCAAACAGGUGAUGGAUUUAGUUUCUGAGGAGAGGAAACGCCACACCGUGUACCCACCUGCCGAACAGGUCUUUACCUGGACUCAGAUGUGUGACAUUAGAGAUGUAAAAGUGGUUAUUCUUGGCCAGGAUCCAUAUCACGGUCCCAACCAGGCUCAUGGAUUAUGCUUCAGUGUGAAAAGACCCGUUCCUCCUCCACCCAGUUUGGUGAACAUGUACAAAGAACUGGCCUCAGAUAUUGAAGGCUUUCAGCACCCAGGUCAUGGAGACCUGACUGGAUGGGCCAAACAGGGUGUGUUGUUGCUCAAUGCUGUGUUGACUGUCCGUGCACACCAGGCCAACUCCCACAAAGACAAAGGUUGGGAGACCUUCACCGAUGCUGUUGUGCAGAAGCUCAGCAACAACCUGGAGGGCCUCGUCUUCAUGCUGUGGGGAUCAUACGCUCAGAAGAAAGGAGCUGCCAUAAACAGGAAACGCCACCACGUCCUGCAGGCUGUGCAUCCUUCUCCUCUGUCUGCUCAUCGGGGAUUUUUCGGGUGCAAGCAUUUCUCAAAGGCCAAUGAGCUGCUGAAGAAGUCUGGGAAGUCUCCCAUAGACUGGAAGGCACUUUAAAUUUAAAUUCUGUUGUAUGUUUUCUUUUUCAACAUGUGUUUUCUUGAACUACAAACUAAAACCCACCCAUAAGCUUUCUUACUUUUUCUUCGUUCAGUAAUGUAUUAUUAAGAAGUUAAUGUAUUUCGUUUUUUGUAUAAAGGUAUUAGCAAUAUUUUGCUUCAUUUUUAUUUUUUACAGCCCUUAUCCAGAAACCUACUGCUCAAAUGCUUAUUUGUAUUGUGCAUUGGUCAUUUCCACUGUUGUAAAUAUUUUUUUGUACACUAUUGGGCUUUUUAGUUUGCACAUUUACAUUUUUUAUUUCCUUUUUAUUUUUUUCAAAUAAAAUGUUCAG